CUACUCGACUUCAGCGAAGUCCUGUCAGAAAAACCCGGCGCUGGAGGAGUGAAGUUUCGUCUGGACCCUUUGUCAGUUUGGAUGAGACCAACCAUGGCGCCCAGUCAGGGAUCCAGGAUGCUCAGUAAAGAUGAUGCGAAUUAUAAACUUCACUUUCGGAUGAUAAACGAGCAACAAGUGGAGGAUAUCACCAUCGAUUUCUUCUACAAACCGCACACCAUUACUUUACUGACGUCCACUGUCGUCAGUAUAAUGUACUUUGCGUUUACGAGGGAUGAUGGUGAUUCUGAUAAUAACCUUCGUGUGGGUCUGCUGCUGGUUGGCUCUUUCUUUCUUGUCAUCAGCGUUCUUGCAUUCCCCAACGGUCCUUUCACAAGACCGCAUCCUGCUAUAUGGCGCAUGGUUUUUGGUCUCAGUGUUCUUUACUUCCUGUUCCUGGUGUUCCUCAUCUUCCUCAACUGGAAUCAGGUGAAGACGCUGUUGUAUUGGCUCGACCCCAAUCUGCGUUAUGCUACACGAGAAGCGGAUGUCAUGGAGUAUGCAGUAAACUGUCACGUGAUCACAUGGGAACGCAUCCUGAGUCACUUUGACAUUUUUGCCUUUGGUCAUUUUUGGGGCUGGGCAAUGAAAGCUCUACUCAUCCGAAGCUACGGCCUCUGCUGGUCUAUUAGCAUCACAUGGGAGCUCACAGAGUUGUUCUUCAUGCACCUCCUGCCAAACUUUGCAGAGUGCUGGUGGGACCAAGUCAUUCUUGACAUCCUGUUGUGCAACGGAGGGGGCAUUUGGCUUGGCAUGACCGUGUGUCGCUUUUUAGAGAUGCGUACCUAUCACUGGGCCAGUAUCAAGGAUAUCCACACAACCACAGGCAAGCUGAAACGGGCUGCUUUGCAGUUCACUCCGGCCAGCUGGACGUAUGUGCGCUGGUUUGACCCCAAAUCCUCUUUUCAGAGGGUGGCUGGAAUCUACCUCUUCAUGAUAGUAUGGCAGCUCACAGAAUUGAACACGUUUUUCCUGAAGCAUAUCUUCGUAUUCCAGGCCUCUCAUCCUCUCAGCUGGUGCCGGAUCCUCUUCAUUGGGAUCAUCACUGCCCCCACAGUGCGGCAAUACUACGCAUAUCUAACAGACACCCAGUGCAAAAGAGUUGGAACACAGUGUUGGGUGUUUGGGGCCAUUGCUUUCCUGGAGGCCCUGGCUUGUAUCAAAUUCGGACAAGACUUGUUCUCUAAAACACAGGUUCUCUAUGUUGUCCUUUGGCUUUUAUGUUUGGCUUUCAUUACUUUUCUCUGUCUAUAUGGUAUGGUUUGGUACGAGCAGAAUUAUGGAAAGAGGCUUAAGUACAUUGCGGAUUGUGACGACAGCAUCAUUACUGACAUUCCUGAAACCGCCAAAGCAGAGAGAAACUCCAGCAGUAAUUCCACUUCAUCACGGAGAAGAAAAGGAGGAUCUGGAAAAAACAAAACAAUCAAUGGAACAAGCGGCAAGAAGUGACCACCGCUAGAGACCGAUGAUCUCUCAAUGGGCCAAAAGGGGUGAAAGAAGGAAUCUGUGGUAAACGGUUAAAGAGAGGUAAACGGUUAGCUGGGUGACAGUGUGCAGACACAAGAACGGGACGCGUUCCAAACCACAAGCCUCUGUCGUACACUAGUUGUCAUUUUUAUAGCACUUGGAAGGAAACAAUAAUUUGUAGUAUGCCGGGAUUCUGGGAAAUUACACAAUGCGCACUUUCCAGUGGCACUGAUGUGGUUUUUAUAUUGAGGAAGUUAUCUGAGCCAGUGAAUAUUUUGUGAUGAGCUUCCAUGCUACCAGGCUUCAAUUUUUGUAAAAUUAUGGGAGCGUUAUUCAACUUCAGUAUUGUUAAUGCUGACCAAGCCUGCUCUUAAAUGUUGCACAUAGAUCUCCGCUUGACCUGUAAUCAGCGAUUGUUUCGCUGACACAUACCUAUGCGUCGAUCAGGGUAAGACAUUUUAUGCAACAUUUCAUUGUGAACAUAAAAGCAAGCUCCGCGUUUGUGAGAAACCUUUAAGCACUUGUUUUAAUGCACUAUGAUCUUUGCACAAAUGUUCUAUUAUCACAACCGUUUUCAUUCUUAUACUUGCUCUUUUAAAUUUAAAACUGCAGAGUGGUUAAAGAAGUGGCUGCUUAUGACCUUUUUAUGAGCUGUUGAUUUACUUAAAUGUAAUAUGAUUCAGCUUUUUUUGGCAACAUGUAAAGGUGGUUUAGAAAUGGUGACAUCAUCUGUAUGAUGUGUCUUUUGUUUUUGUACUUCUGUUGUUUUUCUUUGUACGUUAACUUUAUACCUGUGUGUGUGUGUGGGCAUGUGCAUACAUGAUUUUAGAUCAAUAAUAUUUUCUGUGUGAGGCCUUUAAAUUACUAUGCAUUUCUAUGUGCAAUUUUUUUUGAAAUUGUAAUUUUUGCAGAACCUACAUUCAGGAUUUUGUGCUGUUUUUGAAGGCAGUGAUAUUUUUUUCCCAUGGGUUAUUAAUACUGAAUAGUAGCAUAUGCAUCUAUUAAGGUACUAUCACAUUUUGUCUUAUUUAAUUGUUUUUUUAUAUUCUGUUUUUCAUGGACCAAAUUGUUGAGCAAUACCAAAGCUCUUAGUUAUACAUAUUUUUCCCUUGGAAAAAAAACUCCAAAACUUAAAAUAGCUGUUAAGAUUUCUAGUCAUGAAUUUUGUAUGGAGCUGCAGUUCUGAAAGAACAAAGAGAAUGCAUAAAAUGUGAUGUCAAACUUGAAUCUUCCACAGCAGUGUUGUAACAUUUAAUUAUUUCUUAUGAUUUAAUAUAAUAAUCAGGAGCAAUGAGGUGUGACCAGAUUUUUAUCAAUGUAUGAAUUAAUGAUAUAAAUUCUCACAGAUGUGAACACCCCUUAACGGGAUCUUCUUUUCACUUUCUGAAUACACUUAUACUGCAUUGUUCAUUGAAAAUGCUAAAUAAAAAAUAAAUUGUACUAACUUUAGUAAUUAUAGUAGAA